CUUUGUUUUCGGCGCGAUACAAAGUAACACCUCGGCUCUUUAAUCCCUGAAUCCUUCAAUUACAAAGUUACAGUCCGGGUUCAGCCCUCAGCACUGAACCUCCGAGAGGAACCCAGAGUCCAGAACCUCGAGUCCAGAACCCCGAACCCCUGACCCAGCCCUCUCUCUCCCAGUGAUCUCGGUUCUUUCUGCGUGUGGAGACCCAGAGCGAGUCAAUGCAGCGGUUACUGUGUGAGAAGGUGAUGUCUUCAGAGGGCAUCAGCCCCAGCGGGGAGGGGAAGGACACCAGCCAGAGGAAAGUCCUCGUCCUCCUAGACCUCUUCUGUCUCUUCCUGGCUGGUUUGCCGUUCCUGAUCAUCGAGUCCAGCGCUGUCCGGCCGUACCGCCGAGGCUUCUAUUGCAGUGACGACUCCAUAAAAUACCCAGCCAAAGAUGGAGAGACCAUCAACGACGGGGUUUUAUCAGCUGUGGGCACGCUGGUCGUCAUCCUCUCAAUCACGAUAGGCGAGAGCUUCCGGAUCCACUACCUCCACGAGGGCUCCAAUGCUUUUGUUAGGAACCCCUACCUGUCGGCCCUCUACAAGCAGGUCGGGGUUUUCCUCUUUGGCUGCGCCAUCAGCCAGUCCUUCACGGACAUUGGUAAGGUGUCGGUGGGCCGCCUGCGUCCUCACUUCCUGGAUGUGUGCAAGCCCGAUUUUUCCCGGAUUAACUGUUCACUGGGUUACAUCACCGACUACAUGUGCACAGGGGAAGACAGCAAGGUUCAAGAGGCCAGGAAGUCGUUCUUCUCAGGCCAUGCCUCUUUCUCCAUGUACACCAUGCUCUACUUGGCUCUGUACCUGCAGUCGCGGUUCACCUGGGAGGGAGCGCGCCUGCUACGGCCUCUGGUGCAGUUCACACUUCUGAUGAUGGCCUUCUACACCGGUUUAUCACGGGUCUCUGAUCACAAGCACCACCCCAGUGAUGUACUGGCUGGCUUUGCACAGGGAGCCCUGGUGGCCUACUGCAUUGCAUUCUACGUGUCUGACCUCUUCAGGUCAAAGGACAGAUGCUCGUCCAUUCCACCAACUCCUAUUAAGAAAGACCUUCUACCAAGUGUGGAUCGGAACAACCACCUCACUUUAGCAUGACUCUAACAGCCCAGGAUAGGCUGAGCUGUCCAGUGGACAUGGACUGAAGUGGUCACUGGCCUAACACUGGCUUUGGCCAUCAGCAGACUGUUCUACACUGGACAGAUAGAAACCACAUGUGAAUCUUAUUGUGCCACAUUGACUGCAUGUUGGCGUUCAGGCCCACAAUGCCAUCUGUGAGCUGCGACACCUAGAGGAGGGAGCCUCUUGUUUUAAGUUCUUCACUCGAAUUGUGAAUCUCGACACCUCAAAUGGACAAACAAAGCGACAUGGUUAUUUAACCUCAAGUGAAACAAAUUCCUAGCUCACAGGAAGGAUUUUUUUUAAUGCAAUUGGUACUUGGUGGACUGUGAAUGGUAUUUGAGAAUGUAGCACAGUAUUCAAACCUCAUGUCUAUUUACACUUGAAUGUUCGGUUAAGUAUAAAAUACCUUGAUCUGUUACAUACAGAAGCCCUAUAUAAUAAUGAUAUAUAUAUAUAUAUAUAUAUAUAUA